GAAGUAGGCAUUUUUAAUGAAAUCAGAAACCCUAGUUUAUUUUUUGGCUUCGAUAAAAUUGGAAAUAUCAGUAAACGCAUUUUUUAAGCCCCGAAAUCUCAGCCAUGAUGUCUUUAGGUCGAGCUCUCGGGGCUCUAUCAUUUAUGGAACUUUCCCGGAGCAGGAGUUUGCAUCAGCGGAGAACGAGGCGACCAUUUCCGGUGGUUCCCGACGCCAGGAUGAAGAUCCCAGCGCAGUCAUCCCGACCACCCCGCAUACUGGUGAAGAGCUUCCUGGCCCUCCAUCAUCUGGAUUCUGUUUACAUGCAGGGUGCUCCUCGCGAUCUUAGAGACUUUUUUAUGUCAAGCUGGAAAAACGCAAAAAGAUGAUACACCUCCUGGACUUUACCAUUUAUAGCCUGGUAACCGCCAUUGCAGUCAUGAAAUUAAAAGUUUUUGGAAAAAAUACUGUUGUAAAAAUAUAUUGAGGUUUUUGCCUUGUUGAAAGAUUUA